AGCAAGGGGCGUUUGUGUCCACACACUGACGGGAAGAAGUGUAUACAACCAGAGGACUGGUCAGAACAGCUGGAGAUUCUGGAACACUGGACUGGUCAGAACAUCUGGGGGUUCUGGAACACUGGACUGGUCAGAGCAUCUGCGGGUUCUGGAACACUGAACUGGUCAGAACAUCUGGGGGUUCUGGAAACUCUGGGUUUUUCGAAUACAACUGAUGGGAUGAGAUCCUGAAUUGAGACGAGAGACAGACAGACACACAGAGAGACAGACAUUGUCCCAAUGGUGAACACAGGACAGUCCCGCCUGGACAGCGACCAGUAUGACGACUUCAAUGCUGAACAUGAAAGCAUGGACAACCUGCAGAAAGUGUCUCUGUUUACAGUGCGAGGCUACGGAUCCUCCAAGCGGUAUCAGCUGGCUACAGGAGUUCUGGGUCUGAUCAGUGCUGCUCUCCUAAUGGCUGUGAUCGGCAUGGCUAUACAGAUCAAAGGCAUGGGUGUGAGCCAGUCGUCCCUGAACUUCACAGCAGUGCGAAGCGAGCUGAAGCUGUUGAGAGACGAUCGCGUCCGCCUGAAGGCUGUGAUGGACUCCCUCCAGCAUGACUAUGACAAAGCCCGCAGUGACAGAAGCCUUCUGCAGGCGCAGUUGGACAGAGAGAGCGCCAUGAGUGACCGUCUCCUGUCUCAAAUCAAAACCCUGGAAGAGCAGAAAAAGCGAGAAGAUGUCCGUGUUUUGCAACUUGUGCGCAGCUGUGGGAGAUGUCCACCAGGGUGGGAAGUGAUGAAUGACACCUGCUACUAUUUUCCCACUUCGAGUGGAAUUCCACGCAAGGGCUGGGACGAUGCCAAGGCAGACUGUAUCAGACAAGGGGGCAACUUGGCCACCGUGGACACUCUGCUGAAGCAGACAUUUCUAGUAGGAGUGCUAAGGGUCCUGAACAGUGAAGGUUUCAGCUACAGAUCUGGAUUCUGGAUUGGACUAAGACAGAAAGAUACAGAGGGGGCGUGGCACUGGACAAAUGGAUCUUCACUUGGCACAGGAUACUGGAUGGACGGCGAGCCCAAUGAUGACUAUGGAUACGAGGACUGUGCCGCCACCUACCCCACUGUGAACAUACUGAAGAGCUGGAACGACGCCCCCUGUCGCCAUCCUCUGAAGUGGAUCUGUGAGAAAGAGGCAACAGCAACAUCCUAGAGCAGGAGAGGAUGGUUCAAACUGCCAUGUGGCAUAGUUUUUGUUUUUGUUAAAACAUUCAAAGGCCAGACCUAGAAUUAGUUAGAAUGUCGCCCCCUGCUGGAGUGGAUCUAUGAGAAACCAGUCAUAACUAGGCCGCAGAUGAAAGCUUCUUAUUCACCUUUCCUAGUAAUAUCUGAUUUAAAGUGUUUUAUUUCUCCCAAUAGCAAUACAGUAAUGAAGAAUAUUGGUGGUUUUUCAUAUCAGUCUCAAAAUAUUUAAAAGGCAAAAUAUUGUAGUAUACAGUUGCAACACCAUAUGGGGACAACUAAUAGUUUUCAUUUCAUUGCUUGAGUCAUUACAUACAAAAUUGGUGAACUAGUUAUCAAAUUCUGUCACAAUGCUCUAGAAUU